CAUUCACCUAAUUAAAUAAGAAAAUCAAAUACCUAAAUUAAUAAGGAACAAAAAGAAGAGAUAGUAGAGCUCUGCUGCAGCUCACACCGGUCUGGGUUCACCACUUCGCCGGAGAGCUCUCCAAAUCGGUCAAUUCGCCCCUACAAUUCUUUACUUAUCUACUUCUCCGUGCACCUAUACCCCUCCCCGCCCCCGAGCCCUGCUCGUCUUCCAAUUAUCCCUUUUCUUAAGCCGCCGAUCAGAAUUUUUAAGCCAUAGAUUCAGAGGGAUCGACUUGGUCGGAGUUUCAUACGGCGUGGAGCUGUCUAUUCGACCUGCGGCAAAGUAUCCAGCGCUGCAGCCUCUCUGCACUUCCUCCCGCCGCUCGUCUUGUUAGAGACCGGAAUUUCAGGGACGCAACAAGCCCCCUGCCUUGCCGAUUUGACAGAGACAUUCCUUUUCCCAUUCUGUGGCUCUCCAAGAUCCACGAGCUGGUUCCGUCAUUGAUUCCUCAUCCAGCAGCAACUUUCAUUCUCUUCUCCAGCAACCAGCACCCCCGGGAAAGAAAACAAGUCUUUUCAAAGAGAAAUGCCAAACACAGCUGUUGAUUCGAGUUUGCACCACACUUUCAAAUACUUACUAGCCACACAAUUUCUGUCAAGGGGAAUCCCGUUCGUAUUCAAUUCCUGGAUUGUUAGACAUCUCUCAGAAGAAGAUUAUGCGGUUUGUGCUGUACAAUUCCAUCUGUUUGUGACAUGCAUAUUGUUUUUGAGUAGAGAGGGAUUCAGGCGAGCGUGCAUGAGGGAAGAUAUCACAUGAUGGCAUAGACUGCAUAUCUGGAUACAUAAAGCUCCUUUCAUUUUGUUUCAUAUAAGGGAUGGUGCUUCAGCAGCAGGAGAAACUGAAGCUAGGCUUUUGAAAGUCGCCUGGAUGACCUUCCCAUUAGGGGUACUGGUCACAUUUUUUGCUUGUUUGAUUGUAUUCUGGUGGCAAGAUCUGGGUUAUUCCAGUCCUUAUGGACGAGCUAUCUUGAUUAAUGGUUUUGCAUGCAUUCUUGAGCUAUUGGCAGAACCAUUUUUUAUUUUGGCCCAAAAAUUGGCUCUUCUCAAAUUGCGGCUGAUUGUUGAAACUGCUGCCACUCUUUCACGUUGUAUAGUAACAUAUGCUCUCAUCCUGAAGCAACCAAGCUCGGAGAAAGCAAUUGUAUUUUCAAUGUCACAGGUUGCGUAUGGAGCAUCUAUUUUCAUAGGCUACUGGGCUUACUUUUUUCUGUGGCAAUUAUAUACAACUCGUGUUCUAUUUCCAUUCAGGAUGGGAAAUACAAUAAGCUAUGAUCAACGGCUUGUGAACAUGUGCAUGAUACUUAAUCUUCAAUCCGUUCAGAAGCUGAUUCUCCAGGAAGGUGAAAAGAUGGUCCUUGUAUGGUUUGAUACACCAUAUAACCAAGCAGUAUAUGGACUUGUAGACAAACUAGGGAGCCUAGUGGUGAGGCUGAUUUUUCUUCCCUUUGAAGAAAGCUCAUAUGCAACGUUUGCAAGGAGAUCAAGAACGGAAAAAGGAGAAAUUGGGAAGGAGUCUGACAGAUGCACUGAAGCUUGUUUUGCUUAUUGGUCUAGUUGUUAUCGCGUUUGGUCCAAGCUAUUCGUACUCCCUCAUCAGAUUGCUGUAUGGUAGAAAAUGGAGCGAUGGAGAAGCUACCAAAGUACUCCAAUGCUAUUGCCUUUAUGUGAUAGUUUUGGCCAUGAAUGGGACGUCUGAAGCAUUUCUACAGGCAGUUGCAACAAAGGAAAAACUUAAACGGUCAAAUGGUUCAUUGCUUGUUUUCUCAUUGAUAUAUGUGAUCGCGAACGUCUUGCUUAUCAGAUCAGCAGGCGCAAUUGGAUUGAUUUUGGCAAACUCCCUGAAUAUGAUCCUCAGGAUAGUUUACUCGGCAGUUUUCAUCAAAGAGUAUUUCAAGGAAUCAUCAUCCUUUGCGUUUAGAGCUUGCAUGCCUGGAGGUUAUGAAUUUGUGUUGCUAUCAGGAGUAGCCACCUUCAUAGUUGAAAGGAUGUACCUUAACCGAGACAGCUUCUCGGCCACCUUUACCAUUCACUUCUCAUUUGGUUUAUUCUGUUUUCUUGUGGCCGCUUUCGUUAUCUAUCAAAAGGAGAGGCCUUUCAUCACGAAAAUUAUACGCUUCCGCGAACACGCUGAUUGAAUCUGCUAAAGAAUUACAUCUUGGUCAGUUGGGUUUGUGAAAAGUUUUGCUCUGUUUCAAGAUCAAGGAAUCACAAGUACUGAAUAACAUAGUUUUUACAUUAAUUGCUGUAAUCCAUCAUUUUCCACUUAAAAUUAUUGUCUAAUGAUACGAGCAUUUCUGGUAUACUAUGCUUCUACCAGAUGUUCAUCCCACUUUUUAUAAUUGACUUUCCUUCCACACAAUUAUGUCACGGAAUUUGUACAACCAUAUGUUUUGUAUUCAAUUCUCUCGGAGUCUUGAACCUAUCUACUAUCUAGUACUCCCUCCGG